AUGUCUGAGGAAGCGCCACGAAAGCGGUCUCGCUUCGACCAAACCGAACCCGAGCCCCGGAAAGCCUCCCGCUUCGACAGACGUUCACGUUCUCCUUCUGCCAGACAGUCGGAGAGAAGACGAAGUCGCAGCCCUCUUGCGAAGGACAGUCAAAGCCCCGCUUCUGGCGAUAAGCGCAGCACUUCUGUUGACCCUGCUGCAGCUGCGGCCGCUGCUGCUGCAAAGAUCAAUGCUGAAUUGCAGGCUCGCAGAGGCAUCCAGCAUGUCGAUGUUCCUCCCAUCCGUUCGAGUUCAACCCCGACUCCUACCUCCAAACCUGCUACGCCUGCCUCGAUCCAUGAUGGGAGCAAAGUCGGCGGUGACAUCUACAUUGCGGAUGGAGACUACAUCAAAGAUAUCGAAAUCAAUGACUUGCGCAACCGUUACACCUUGACCAAGGGGUCCACCCAAAAGAUGAUCAAAGAAGAAACAGGAGCCGAUGUCACAACCAGAGGAUCCUACUACCCAGACAAGAGCAUGGCCACUGCAACCAAUCCACCUCUAUAUCUUCACGUCACAAGUACUUCCAAGCCGGGCCUGGAAAAGGCUAUCGCGAAAAUCGACGAGCUUAUGAAGCAGGAACUCCCGAAUCUGGUCGAUGAAAGACGGUUCCGACGUCGAGAGCCUGAGCAAUUUGAAAGAGAUGAAUUUGGCAGGCGCAAAUGGCCCGAGGAACGAAUCCCACUCGACAUGGAGAACAUUCCCGGUUUCAAUCUCCGUGCCCAGGUGGUUGGCCAAGGUGGUGCCUACGUCAAACACAUCCAACAGGAAACCGGCUGCCGAGUCCAGAUCAAGGGUCGUGGAAGCGGCUUCAUGGAACACAGCACAGGCCAAGAGUCCGACGAACCAAUGUAUCUGCAUGUCGCUGGACCGCAGCCUGCCCAGGUUCAGAAAGCCAAAGAACUCUGCGAGGAUCUCGUAGCCAAUGUCCGCGUCAACUUCGAGCACUUCAAGGCCAACCCGCCGCCGCAGCGCAUGGAGUCGUACACCGAUGGUUAUGGUGCCGAUGCCCAGCGCCGAUCCUAUGGUGGUUACGGACAUGAUCGAGGUCACGACAGGGGUCACGACAGGGGCCACGAUCGCGGUCGCGAAAGCAGCUACUCACAUCACAACAACAGCUACAACUCUCCAUACUCUGCAACGCCUGCCACACCUGCCACGCCUGCGCCUGGUACUGCGGCUUCCCCCACAGACUACGCCAGUCAAUACGCCCAAUAUUAUGCUAGUCAGCCCGGCGGAGAUCCGUAUGCGGCUUAUGGCGGUUAUCAGAACUAUGUGGCAUAUUACCAAUACUACCAGCAGCAGGCCGCAGCUCCGCAACAAUCACCUCCUCCGCCUCCACCAGCCGACUCCAACCCGCCGCCUCCUCCGGCUCCCGACAGUUCCACCGCGCCGCCUCCGCCGCCUGCGUCCGGCUACUCAGCAGUUCCGCCACCACCUGGAUUGUGA